AUGGGAGACAUAGGAGCCAAGUAUCACUGGCCAACAACCAUUCCCUACUACCUAGAGGACAGCCUGGAAUUCGAUGUUGACGGAGGCCGCGACUGGGAAAUCUUUGAAAUCAAUGAAGCUGCAGGACUGAACCUACUGGAGGGAGAUAUUGUAGAGGACCAGACACUCGACAGAAACACCCGCAUAGGAGACAAGUAUCGCUGGCCAACAACCAUUCCCUACUACCUAAACGACAGCCUGGAGAUGAAUGCGAAGGGAGUGAUCCUGAAGGCGUUUGACCAGUUCAGACUGAAGACCUGCAUUGACUUCACACCAUGGAAGGGAGAGAAGAACUACAUCUCUGUGUAUAAAGACAAUGGAUGCCUCUCCUAUGUAGGUAACCAGCGUAAGGGGAAGCAGCAGCUGUCCAUUGGUACAAACUGUGAUAGACUGGGAAUCGUAGAGCAUGAGUUCCUCCAUGCUCUGGGAUUCUGGCAUGAGCAGUCCAGAGCUGACCGUGACGACUAUGUCAACAUCAUAUGGAAUCGUAUUAAACCUGAUGAAAAGCGCAACUUCAUCAAACAUAAUGACACAGUGUCCAGUGCCCUGGGAGUUCCCUACGACUAUGGUUCUGUGAUGCACUACAGUAAGACAGCCUUCAGCAUCAGCUCCGAGCCCACCAUCGUCACCAAAAACCCCAACUUCAUGGACGUAAUUGGUCAGAGAAUGGGGUUCAGCGCCAGUGACCUAACCAAGCUAAACCUCCUCUACAACUGCACCAAGUCUUCUACCUUUGUGGACAGCUGUGACUUUGAGGAGGAGAACAUCUGUGGGAUGAUUCAGGGUCCUGGCAACGCCAAGUGGGAACGGCGUUGCUCAGUGAGUGGAGGGCCUUGGACUGACUUCACCAACAUGGGACAAUGCAAAGGGAAAGGCAACUUCAUGCACUUCAGAACAGCGUAUAUUAAGCCGAAAGAGCAUGGUACACUGGAGAGUCGAUGGCUUUACCCCAAACCUGGUCCCCAGUGUCUGCAGUUCUUCCUCUAUAACACCGCAGCACCAGAUGAUGUGCUCAACAUCUCGGUUCGAGAGUAUGACGAGGCUGACCCCAAUGGUAAACUGAAGCUCUUCAAGAGCAUUUCAGGAGGUGCCAGGGGUUGUUGGGAGCUGCAUAAUGUCAACCUGAAUGUGACAAAGAAGGCCCGUGUGGUUUUCCAUGGGGUGAGGGGAACGGGUCCAUCAAAGGGAGGUUUCUCUGUGGAUGACAUUAACCUGUCAUCCACAAAGUGCCCUCAGCACGUCUGGCACAUCAGCAACAUCACUGGCCUGAUUGCCACAAUGUCAUUAGAACAAGAUCUGUACAGCCCCCGUUUUCUGUCUCCAGCAGGUUACUCCUUCCAGGUAAGUCUGUACCCAAAUGGAGUAAGCACUUAUCCAGGUCACAUGGCCAUCUACUUCCACCUAACCUCAGGUCCCAACGACUACAAACUCAAGUGGCCAUGUCCAUGGCAGCAGGCAACCAUGACCCUGAUGGAUCAGCAGUCUGACAUCAGACAGCAAAUGAACAUGCACGAAAUGGUAACCACUGACCCUAACAUGACCAACAAUAAAGGGUACAUCUGGGAUGAUCCCAGGAAGGUGGGCUAUAAAGUACGGGACUCUGAUGGCAGCUAUUACUACCGAGGUCCAGGCUAUGGAACACGUACCUUCAUCAGCCACAGCAGACUGAAGAGCAGAAAAUUCAUCAAAGGAGACGACGCCUUCAUCCUCUUAAGUCUAGAAGACAUAUCUCACCUGUUGGCGUCUCAGCCUCUGCCCCUCUCUUCAGUCCAUGAUGUUCCCGGUCAGAUGAAGGCAGCAGACCAAUCAGCUGUUCAUGGACCUUCUAAUAACUCCAUGACAGUCAUAGGUGUGGCAGCAUCUCUGGCAGCUGCCAUGCUGGUGAUUUCCAUGUUGAUUAUGGGGAACGCCUGGUUCAUGAGGAGGUUUAGACAGCAGGAGAUUGACAAGGUGGCGAUAAUGCAGGACAAGCCUGGAUUCAUGGAUGAGCACUCAACCAAAGAUGUUCAAGCUCUUCUCUCUACUCCAUAAUGGCCAAUCGAAGGAAAAGUGAAAUUCUGUCUUUCUCAUCUAAGUGCCUUGCUUAUCUAUAAAACUGCUGUAAUAAAUUUAAUUCUCAGCAAGUAUAAUCUCACUUUAAGCAUAAGAAAUAAAAUCUCUCUCAGCAUUUACCUAUAUAUAAUUUCUUCUUCAUUUCUCAUGAUAUCCAUGGAUCAUUAAUCAUGUACAAAUCAUAAGCAGUAGGGAUAUAAGGCAGACUGUAAUGUUCAUGACACUGCUGAGUGGCCCAGGACCUAUUUGAGUUUGUGAGGAGCAUCUUUGCUUCAAGAACUCAGUUAAAGCCUCAUAGAGACACAUGAUGGAGUUACAAAACUAAGGGUUUGUUUCAUUAAAACCUGAAUCUAAAUACUAACAUGAAACCUUUCAUUGAUAAAAACAAUUGCAGGUCACACUUCUUCAAAUAUCUUCCUAUGCUUUUCCCCAGUACACCAUCUAGUGGAUAUUCUAGGGAACUUUAACAUUAGAAACAAACAGUUUCAAAUUAAUACAAAGGAAUGCUUUCAACCCGGAGGCAACUCUUGUCUUACUUUCCAUUCUUUUUUUUUUUUCUUUUUUUUGGUGACACUGUCAUGUUCUUAUUGUUAAAUGCAGGGAUUUUUUGAAGAUGACUGGGGGAGUCAUCGUUGUUUCAUUCAUUCAUUCAUUCAUUUCUAUUUUAUACCAAGAAUGAGCGGUGGGGC